AUGGAUUGCUUGCGGACGGCGUGGUGCUGGUGCGCGGCGCUGGUGCUCGCGACGCUGGCCGCCGCCGGCCCGCGCUACAGCAGCCGCAUCGUGCACACACACGCAGGAGCGAUCCGCGGUAUCAUAGUGGAGCCAGCGUCUCGUCGCCUGGAGCCAGUGGAGGUGUUCCUGGGGGUGCCAUACGCGGGGGCUCCGGCUCGCCUGGCGCCGCCGCCCCCGGCCCCCAGUUGGCCGGGCACUCGCCUCGCCGACGCCUUCGCCCCCGUCUGUCCGCAGCGUUACCCCGACAUAUCCAACAAGAGUGCGGCACUAGCCAAAAUGCCGCUGGGCAUAUACAACGAGCUGAGAGCGACGGUGCCGCUCCUGGCCAACCAGAGCGAAGACUGCCUCUACCUCAACAUCUACGUGCCCGGUAGCGGCGCGCGCGGCGUGGAAGCGCCGUACGCGGUAGUGGUGUGGGCGGGCGGACCGUCACACGAGUGGGGCACCGCCAACGCACUGGACGGCGCCGUGCUAGCUGCGCGCGCGCAUCUUCUCGUCGUCACCAUCAACUAUAGACUAGGAUUGUUAGGUUAUUUAACUCCGGGCGUGAGGUCCACGGCGGUACAGGCGGCGGGCGGUGCCGCGGUGCUGGACGUGGCCGCGGCGCUGGGCUGGGUGCGGCGCAACGUGGCGUCCUUCGGGGGCGACCCGCGGCGCGUCACCCUGGCAGGCCACGCCGCGGGGGCUGCGCUUGUCAACGCACUGCUCAUGUUACCCGACAGUAAAGGGCUGGUGUCCCGCGUGCUGCUGCUGAGCGGCUCAGCCCUGAGCCCCGCGGCGCUGGCGCCCGACGCCGCGCUGGCCAGGGAACACACUGCACAAGCUCUGCGGUGUACGCCAGAAGCCACAAAUGAUGAGAACUGGUUUGUAGAGUGCAUCCGCGCCCGUCCACUAGCGGCACUCCUGGCAGUGGAAGCCCCGAGAGCGCGGUUUUUGGCUGGCUGGGCCCCAUCAGUACCCGUUUCCCGGGACGUCGGCUCGCAAGGACAGGCCCCCACCAGGGCGCUGCAUGCCAGUGAGACCUUUCUCGACUGCGCACUCGCUGUAGUGGUCGCCACCACUGAGAGCUACCAGUUCUUCAAUGAAGAAGACAUCCGGCAUGGCUUUGAAGAAGAGCACAGGAACCGCAUCCUCCGUACAUACGUCCGCAACGUGUACCGUUACCACCGCAACGAGAUCUUCGCAGCCAUACGGAACGAGUACACGGACUGGGAGAAGCCCAUCCAGCAUCCCAUCAACAUCAGGGACGCGACGCUGGAGUCCCUCAGCGACGCCGCCGUCACUGCCCCAGCUCUCAGGGUAGCACAACUACAUGCACGGAGAGGGGCCAGAACAUACUUCGCACACUUUGCGCACCAAAGCAAGGAUGCUGACUACCCACAACGGCUAGGCAGCGUUACGAGUGAGACGCUGCCGUACUUCCUGGGGCUGCCGCUGGUGGGCGGCAUGCAGCUGGCGCCGCGGAACUACUCGCGCGGCGACGUGGCCGUGGCGGAGACGGCCGUGUCCCUGCUCGCUGCCUUCGCCAAGACUGGGGACCCCACACCACGAGCUGAGGACAGGCAUCACGACGGACCCACUACCUGGCCGAGAUACGAGAUGAACACUCAACAGUAUUUAAGUAUAGGUACCAAGCUCCGAGUGAAGAGUCACUACCGCGGCCACAAGAUGGCGCUGUGGUUGCAUUUGAUCCCGCAGCUGCACCGGCCGGGCGCCGCGCCUCGUCAUCACCAGUUCAGGUCCAUACAUCCGGACAUGUUUGCAGGUGAGAUAUUCCCUGAGCUGUACACGACCACGUCCGCUCUGGAUGACGAGGAGGAUAGCACGGAGCCGGAGGAGGACUCCUCAGAAGUAGAGGAGUGCGAGCCGUCCCCCUCCCCGCGGCCCGCACUGUCCGCGCUGCCAGCACCACAACCCUCGCCCAAAGAGGACUCCCUCACUAACUUGGACUCCCAGUACUACAGCUACACGGUGGCGCUGGGCGUGACGGUGGGCGCGGGCUGCUUCCUGCUGGCGCUGAAUGUGCUGGUGUUCGCCGGCAUCUACCUCCAGCGCGGCCGACGGAGAACUGCGCACCGCCGCCCGCGGAGAGAAGGCAGCUGCAGCAGUCGCAGCGGUGCAUCUCUGAGCAACGAGCCGACUUCUGUAACCUCUCCUCGCAAGAGCACGCUCAAGCGCAGCAGCGAGUCAGAACUCAAAGAGAGGCCGAGCAGCGCCGGCGUCGCGCCGCCAAAAAAACGCGUCCAGAUCCAAGAGAUAUCGGUGUAG